AUGGCCCCCUCAGUGGCACUCGAAAUUCCGCAUGCCGCUGGCAUACUCCCAAAGACAUCGCAAAGCCAGGAUGGCCCAGCAGGCCCAAACUAUACUGGCACACUAUUCAACCCAGCAAAGCACCUCUCCUUCUCACCACCCUCCAAAACCCUCCAAAUGUCCGACCUAGCCCUGUCUCCCACAGCCCUCUCCAAUAUCGCAACAACAGAACCCUUCCCCCUGCUCUCCCACGACGGAGUCCUCGCGCACAGACAAGAAAUAUUCAGCCCGGGCGUGCUGGACAACUGCAUGCACCACACACGGCCCGGCUCAGUCCAGAUCCGCGGGAUGGCGCCGCGCUACGCCCCCUUCAUCCACCAGUUCUGGCACUCGCCCGAGGUUCUCAGGAUUAUCAGCGAUGUUGCGGGCGUGGAACUUGUUCCGGCGAUGGAUUAUGAGAUUUCGCAUGCUAAUGUUCAACUUGGGGCUGGGGGGUUAGAGGAGGUGCGUGGGACGCCUGUAGAGCCGCCUGUUGCGACGGAGGAGGCUAUUGAAAAUUUCCGAAAGGAGAAAGAGAAAGAGAAAAAGAGAGAGGCUGUGACGGAUCAGACAAGGCCGAUUAUUGAGUGGCAUAAGGACUCGCAUCCGUUUGUUGUUGUUGUUAUGUUGUCCGAUGCGAGACAUAUGGCUGGGGGAGAGACGGAGUUGAUGAAGGGGGAUGGGACGACUUUGAAGGUGAAGUCACCGCAGAUGGGCUGUGCUGUCCUACUGCAAGGACGAUAUAUCACGCAUACCGCAGCGCCUGUAACCAACAUGCCGGAGAGAGUUACGAUCGUGACGUCGUUCCGGCCAAAGAACCCCAUGCUGCUUGACGAGACGACAAAUGCAAAUGUCCGGAACAAGUCUCAUCUUUCGGAGCUGUACUACCAGUGGACAACGUAUCGUCUGGACGUGCUGGCAGAGCGUGCGCGGAUCGCUGCAGAGACGUUGCGCAAGCGAUACGAUGAUAACGUCAAGCAGUCCGAUCCAGAGGGGAAGAAAGGACUGUGCCGUACCGAGACGGUGGAUGCUGCUGCAAUGCAGAAGUGGGCAGACGAGCAGAUUGCUUAUAUCCAGCAGACGAUGUACGAGAUGAGGCCACUUGCGUAG